CGGCUCCGUGGAGGCGCAUGCGCAUUCAAGCUGUCUCAUGAACGGACUAUUUCCUCUUCUUGGAGGCCUGUGCUUGCAAAUUAGAGACCCACUUCAGACGUUGUAUUCGGACUAGCUACCCAGACGUAACAUCUUGAACAAGGAGUUGGUAUCUACUUGUUUCUACACCCGAAGGAAAGGAAUUACAACGCAGCUUCCAAUAAAUCCAAUACAAGCUCUGAUGGUACCAGGUGACUUGUGACUGGCGUGAGGAGGAACCCACUUCCCAAUCAACUUCACCAUGUCUGGGAUUCAGACAACAUGGCCUGCUGGCACAGAAUGCAUAGCCAAGUACAACUUCCAGGGCGAUGCCGAGCAGGACCUGCCGUUCAGCAAAGGAGACGUCUUAACUAUCAUCGAAGUCACCAAGGACCCAAACUGGUACAAAGCGAAAAACACUGUGGGGCGGGAAGGCAUCAUCCCAGCGAACUACGUGCAGAAAAGGGAAGGAGUGAAAUCAGGGAGCAAGCUCAGCCUCAUGCCCUGGUUCCAUGGGAAGAUCCCACGGGAGCAGGCAGAGCGGCUCCUCUAUCCCCCCGAGAUCGGCCUCUUCCUGGUCCGCGAGAGCACCAACUACCCCGGAGACUACACGUUGUGCGUGAGCUGUGAGGGCAAGGUGGAGCACUACCGCAUCAUCUACCACGACGGCAAGCUGUCAAUCGACGAGGAGGAGUACUUCGAUAACCUCAUGCAGCUCGUCGAGCAUUACACCACAGAUGCAGAUGGACUGUGUACUAAACUGAUCAAACCCAAACUCAUGGAAGGGACAGUGGCUGCUCAAGACGAAUUCUCCAGAAGUGGCUGGGCUCUCGUUAGAAAGGAUCUCAAGCUGUUGCAGCCCAUAGGGAAAGGGGAGUUCGGAGAUGUGAUGCUGGGAGACUACAGAGGGAAUAAGGUGGCUGUGAAGUGCAUCAAGCACGAUGCCACCGCCCAGGCCUUCAUCGCUGAGGCCUCCGUCAUGACGCAACUCCGACACAAUAACCUGGUGCAGCUCCUGGGGGUGAUAGUGGAGGAGAAGGGCGGUCUCUUCAUAGUUACAGAGUACAUGGCCAAGGGCAGUCUGGUGGAUUACCUGCGGUCUAGAGGGAGGUCUGUGCUGGGUGCAGACUGUCUGCUGAAGUUCUCGCUCGACGUGUGCGAAGCCAUGGAAUACCUGGAGGCCAACAACUUUGUCCACCGAGACCUGGCGGCACGCAAUGUCCUCGUCUCUGAGGACAACAUCGCCAAAGUGAGCGACUUUGGACUGACCAAAGAGGCCUCUUCCAUCCAGGACAUGGGCAAGCUGCCCGUCAAGUGGACAUCCCCGGAGGCACUGCGGGAAAAGAAAUUCUCCACAAAGUCUGACGUGUGGAGCUAUGGAAUUCUUCUGUGGGAGAUCUACUCCUUCGGCCGAGUGCCUUACCCCAGGAUUGCCCUCAAGGACGUGGUCCCACGGGUGGAGAAGGGCUAUAAGAUGGAUGCUCCAGAUGGCUGCUCCCCCGUGGUGUACGACAUCAUGAAGCAGUGUUGGAUCCUGGACCCGCUGGUCCGGCCCAGCUUUCGAGUCCUGAGGGAGAAGAUGCAGCACAUCCAGGCCAAGGAGCUGUACCUGUGAGGUGGGAGCCAGAGCGAGAGGGAGGGGGGGGGCUGCUCGAACUCAGGAGGAGAAAUCCAAGCA